AUGACAGCGUAUGGACAACAACAACAACAACAACAACAACGGCAUACGGACAACGAGGAGAAGGAGGGCAUACAAAGGAUGGAUGACGACAAGGAGCCAGGCAUGCAAAUGACGGACCACAACGAUGAUGGGGGUGUGCAAAUGAUGGACAACAACGAUGAGGGCCUACAAACGAUGGAUGGCGACGACAAAGACACUAUGAGCACCCACCACCCACACCUGUCGACAAGGCUCAAUAGCCCACCCUCACUGCCCACCACCCCUUCCCCUCUACCUCACUGCCCACCACCCCCUGCCCCUCUACCUACUGCCCACCACCCCUCUCCUUCACUGCCUACCACCCCUCCCCCUCUCCCUCAUUACCUACACCCCCUUCUUCCCUCCCUCAUUGCCCACCACCCUUUUCCCCCUCCCUCAUUGCCUACCACCCCUUUCCCUUCUCCCUCAUUGAUUGCCCACCACCCCUUUCCCUUCUUCCUCAUUGGCCACCACCCCUCUCCCCUCUCCCUCAUUGGCCACCACCCCCACCCCUCUUCCUCACUGCCUACAACCUCCCUCCCUCAUUCCCUCCCCCUUCCCUUUAUUUAG